CGCUCAUAAGCAGUAAUGGUUACUGGGCUGCGCCGAUCAAACUGGGGAUUGACAGGCAAACCGGCCACGACUGUUUAAAAGUAUUUUUCAACGCAGGGUUUUGUUAAUUUUUUACCACAUGAUCUUUAACGGAUAUUUUUUUUGGAUCGAAUGCGUUCUCGGGAGGACAUUAACCUGUUGCAUUGUUUUCGACAGUCUCGCGGCAGCGGUCAACUUUAAAGAUGUUCUAUUGUGGAUGCGAUGACGUUCGGUGUCGAUGGUUUGCAGUUCUGUAGGAAAGUCGGAGUGCGAUUUUUUUUUCUUCAAGCUCUUUAGUGUCAUACGUUGCUCGGGACGAUGCAUGUGUCUCUGGCUGAAGCUCUGGAGGUGCGAGGAGGUCCACUUCAGGAGGAGGAGGUCUGGGCUGUCCUCAGUCAGAGUGCCGACAGCCUCCAGGAGCUAUUCAGAAGAGACCCCUCUGCCCUGGGCUUCAUCAUCUCUCCAUGGUCCCUGUUGUUGAUGCCCUCAGGCAGCAUCUCCUUCACAGACGAGAACGUGACGCAGCAGGACCUGAGGGCCUUCACAGCUCCAGAGGUCCUGGAGGGAGUCACACUCUCUUCUCUGUCAGAUAUAGAGAAGAUGCACAUGUACUCCCUUGGAAUGACCUUGUUUUGGGGAGCGGACUAUGAGAUUCCACAGAGUCAGCCGAUGAAGCUGGGCGAGCGCCUGAACAGUAUUCUCCUCAACAUGUGUGACGACGGCACCCUGAGCCGUAUGUCUGUGCUCACCGUAAUGGACGCCUGCAGCACACACAUCAGAAAUUCUAGCUGCGAACCCUCCUUCACACACAUCAGAAAGCUGGUCCGACUGGUGCUGGGCAGCCUCUCCCAGCUGGAUGGCCUACUGUCCCAGAGUGAUAGGGAGUCUAUUCCGGAGAGGAGCAAGGAGAUUCGGGAGAGGCUUCGGGGCAAAGGCCUUCCCUCAGGGAGGAGUGCAGCCCCGCGGGUACUGGAGCGCUACAAGGCCCGUAGUCAGGAGCAGGCAUCUCUGAACCGUGGCAUGAGUCGCUCCAUGGGCUCCCUCCCCAUCCAGGACCUCCUGAGAGGUGAGGAGGUGGCCCCGCCUGGUCCCUACCCGCCUUCGGAUAACCAUCCUGGGUCAGAGUCCUCCGCAGACCCGGCCCUCUACUUCCAGGCCCAGCAGAGAGGCAGGCCGGUCGAGCUGGACAGGAGGUCCCUGCCCUAUAGAGGAGACUCAACAGCCCAACACAAGAAGAACUGGGCGUCUUCUGUAGACCUGGCCCACAUUGACCCGGAUAUGCUCCGCUUUGGAGCCCUUGAGGAUGCCAGGCGGGGUAGCAGUGCCCUCAGUACCCGCUCAGGGGGAAGGCACAAGUCAGCCUCCCGGGUGUCCCGGGACAGAGACCGAGACGGGGAGAACCGCUACUCAGACUUUGGGGGGUUGGAGACGCACAGGACGAAGGCCCACCACCGCUCAGCCCUGUCGGUCAGCUCAGCUCUGACCUCAGCCUAUGACCGGAUCAAGGAGAAGCAGAGGAAGCUGCAGGUCCUCCGCCAGGCCAUGGACGAUCCUCUGCACUCCCACCGGAGGUACCACAGUGACUACAGCUCGUCCAGUGAGAGCCCCUCUGUAGCUUCCUCUGAAACAGACUACAGACAAGCUAAGAAAACAGAGGAAGUGAGACGCUACAGCUCCCAGUUGGCUCUCUCAGACCAUCACGGCGUGUCUCUCACCAGCCACAACACGCACAGGCACAGGCGGUAUGAGGGUGCAGCAGACGAGGGUCUGAUGCUCCAGAGACGGGAGGACGAGGUUCAGAGGCUCCAGGCUAACAGGCUGUCCAGGGCAUCCCUCUACCCAGGGGACGACCCCCGAGCCAGCCUCUACCCCGGGGAUGAGCCCCUGGCCUUGGCCAUGGCCCUGGCACGCACCUCCAUGCUGGAUCUCCGGGACCCUCUCAAUGCAACGCUACCACACCACCGCAAGCCUAAGAAUUUCUUUGGUCCUGAAUUUGUGAAGAUGACCAGCGAGCCAUGUGUUGCCUUAACUGUUCCCUCUUCAAUAAUGAACAAGCGUGGGAAGCUGGAUGAGGUCCAGAGGAAGGUGGGGGUGGUUCUGCUGAACGGCCAGAAGCUGGAGCUGAGCUGUGACAUCAAGGCUGUGUGUAAGGACGUGUUGGACAUGGUGGUGGCUCACAUUGGACUUGUGGAACACCACCUCUUUGGCCUUGCCUGCCUCACAGACAAUGAGUUCUUCUUCAUUGAUCCCGAUGCCAAGCUGUCCAAAGUUGCUCCUGAGGGGUGGAAGGAAGAACCCAAGAAGAAGAAACCAGACGUCCAGUUUAACCUGUUCCUACGCAUCAAGUUCUUUCUGGAUGACGUCAACCUCAUACAGCACACCAUGACAAAACAUCAGUACUACUUGCAGCUGAGGAAGGAUAUCUUGGAGGAGAGGGUGUGCUGUGACAUGGAGAAUGCCAUGCUCCUGGCAUCUCUGGCUCUUCAGGCAGAGUUUGGCGACUACCAGGCAGAGCUCCAUGGAAAAACGUACUUCAGACUGGAACAUUACAUGUCUGCCUCUGCGCUGGAUAAUAUUGACCAGAGCUCCAUCAAGGAAGAACUGCUGAAACUACACAGCACAUACUAUGGAGCCACAGAGACAGAGACUGAGUUUGAGUUCCUCAAGGAGAGCCAGAGGCUGACAGAGUACGGGGUUCACUUCCACCGCGUCCUCCCUGAGAAGCGGUCCCAGACAGGUAUCAUGCUCGGGGUCUUCUCCAAGGGUGUCCUCAUCUUUGAGGUCCUGAAUGGAAACAGAACCCCGGUACUAAGGUUCCCCUGGAGAGAAACCAAGAAGAUCUCUUUCACAAAGAAGAAGAUCUGUCUUCAGAACACAUCAGACGGGAUCAAACACCUAUUCCAGACAGACAGCAACAAGACCUGUCAGUACCUGCUACACCUCUGCUCUGCUCAGCACAAGUUCCACCUGCAGAUGAAGGCCCGACAGAACAACCAGGAGCUGCAGGACUUGGAGAACUCUCCACUGAGCCUCCUGCAGUACUCUCUGGGCCAGGGGGGGGUGGAGGGGAUCGGGAGGGCAGUGAGCUCUGCCAGCCUGACUCCUAGCUCCUCAGCCCGUUCCGCCCACUCAGACUCAGACCUGAAGAGGAUCUCCUACUCAGAGGUGGCACUGAACAAGGCCCCUGGCAGCCGGUUCCAUGCCCAGGAGGAGGUGCUCUUCCCUGGGUUGAACUCUGGCCUCGGCCCCUACCACCACCACCACCCCUCCAAUGCCCGGCUAAUGAUGAGCAGAUCACACCACAACCUGGGCCAGGUGCCUGAAUCUCCAGAGCACCGUGCGGUCCCCUUCAACAGCCAGUCCCAGUCUGCUGUGAACCACGCCCAGCUCCUGGACUCCCACCACCGAGCCAGCUCGGACACAGACUCCAUCUCUGUAGCUCACCAGCAGGACAUAGGGUUUGGCUCCUCAGCGUCGCACGGCAGCCCCGCCUGGAGCCUUAAGAGCUUCCAGAAAGAGUCUGACUCCUCCUCCAUCGAAGAGACGGGACAUGCUUAUGUCGUAGGUGUGAGCAUGCACAGCUCUGGUCUGCCCUCAGCACCUGCCUCUCUGACUAGUGUCAACAAUUCCCUGAAGACAAAGCUGAAUGCCUUGCCUUCCCCAGAGAGAGAGAUUACCACGGUCAAUCUGAAGAAAGAUGUGAAGUCUGGCCUGGGGUUUCAGAUAGUAGGGGGGGGGCAGAACUCUGGUCUUGUUGAUCUUGGCACCUUAAUCAGCUCCAUAACUCCUGGGGGUCCUGCAGAUGUCAACGGCUGCCUCAAGCCAGGGGACCGUCUAAUCUCUGUGAAUGAGGUGAACCUAGAGGGCCUCCCCCACUCCGCUGCCAUCGAGGUCCUGCAGAGCGCCCCCGAUGACAUCACACUGGUGGUGUCUCAACCCAAAGAGAGGCUCUAUGAAGAGUCUCCGUCAGGGUUUGCUCCAUAUAAACCCCAGGCUCCUCUGGCGGUCUCCAGACAGAGACAACAGGACCUGGACUUUGAGUCUUCAUUUGAGGAACAGGAAGCAGGAACAGGCUCCCCCAGCCCUCCUCUCCCCACCACCACCACCACCCCCUUGUCUGUCUCCACUGUCCCACGCCAGGGCAGCCUCCAGUCACAGGACUCCAGGACCGAGAGCACCAAUGCACCCCUCCAGACCCCCGUCAACGGCACCCAACCCCAUCGCACCCCGCCCACUGAAGCUGCCUCAGUACCCGUAUCCAUACUCCAUCACCAGGAUCAAACCAUCAACAUCGCCUUGACCUUCGACCCCCUCAAAGUGGCUCCACCGGCGUUGCCACCCAAAACCAGGAAAGCUAAGAUCCUUAAAGACCCGGACUAUUCAGAUAGAGGGGACUCUGAAAUGGAUGAGGAGACGUACUCUAGUAGUCAAGAGAAACCAAAAUUGAAAAAGGAGUUAACUCCUCCUCUCCUCAACGGCAUCAUGGGAGGGUUAAGUGGUAAUGUCCCAGGGGUCAGUAGUCUCUCUCCUGGAGAUCUGUUUGACGUUGAGCUGUCUAAAAAGGACAGAAGCCUGGGCAUAAGUGUCACGGGUGGAGUGAAUACCAGUGUGAAGCAUGGAGGUGUUUAUGUGAAAGCCAUCAUCCCGAAAGGAGCUGCAGAACUGGACGGAAGGAUCCAGAAGGGUGACAGGGUGGUGGCUGUCAAUGGGAAGAAUCUGGAAGGAGCCACUCACAAGCAGGCUGUGGAGACCCUCAGAGAUACUGGAAAGAUGGUCCACUUGCUGUUAGAGAAGGGUCAGCUCCCUGCGGACCGUGUCCACGCCCCCCUGACGCCUCAGUGCACCCCUCCCUCUGUGCCCAACGACCAACAGAAACAGGCGCCAGAGCCUACUCAGCCUAAAGCCCAGCCAGAGUACAGCUUCAUCACUGACGACAAUGUAUUUGAGGUGCCCUUGCUGAAGAACUCAUCAGGCCUAGGGUUCAGCUUCAGCAGAGAGGGCACCCUGCCUGACCAGACCACUGGUAACGGCCCUGGUAACGGCUCCAGCAUGGUCCGGGUCAAGAAGUUGUUCCCCGGGCAACCUGCCGCUGAGAGUGGACGCAUCAACGUGGGUGACGUCAUACUCCGUGUCAACCAGAUGCCCCUCAAAGGACUCUCGCAGCACGAGGUGAUCUCAGCGCUGCGAGGGACCGGUCAGGAGGUGACUCUGCUGCUCUGUAGACCUGACCAGGGGGUCUUACCUGAGACGGACUCCUCUGCUCUGACUUCCAUGGCCUCUCCUCGUAAGGAACCAGUAGCCCAGACCCAGCAGCCUGAAUGCAGCCUGGCCAGUCCCAGGACAACCUCCCCUGUAGGGUCUGAAGGGAUGAGGAACCAGGAUCUGGGACCUGGGCCAGUGGAGGAAGCUCUGGAGAGACUGCUCAUGAAGUCCCCCAGCCGACGGGACAGCUACAGCGACAGCACGGAUGAUGAGGAGGUGGAGGAGGCCUUCAGCCCCUCUCUGGAGCAGGGCCGACAAGCCUGGGACCGUAGUAUCUACCAGACCCCCAGCAGUAACCUCACUCUGGGGAGGCUCCGCCAGUAUGAGACCCCCUGUGAGCUGGAUGACACCAUCCGCUCUGCCUACUACUCUCCCAACCUGUCACUGGCCAACCUCAGCAGAAGGUGUCCCUCCUCCUCCCCUCUGACCCCUGACCUGGCCACCACCCCUCAACGAGAAGCCCCCAGUCCCGACCCCCUGCCUCCCCCUCUACCACCGCUCUUCAACCUCACCCACACCCUGCCAGACAACAGACAAGACAUGGACGAGUUUGUGCCGGACGUGGAGCUGAAAGUGUCCCUUGUGAAGUCUGAGAAAGGAAGCCUGGGGUUUACUCUGACCAAAGGCAAUGACCUGGGCUGUUACAUCCAUGACAUCAUCCAGGACCCUGCCAAGGGAGACGGCAGGCUGCGGCCCGGGGAUCGCAUGAUCAUGGUGAACAACAAAGAUGUGUCCAACAUGGGCCACACUGAGGUGGUGAACCUGGUGAGAGCGGCCCCCAGGGUGGUAGAUCUAGUGGUAGGAAGGGUCCUGGAGGCCCCUAAACCCCCCAUAGAGGCACACCUACUGCCUGACAUCUCCUUCCAGUGCCCUGACCAAACAUUAGGUCUAGUAUUGGACGGGGGCAGUGACAGUGUGUACGGGGUGUUGUUCAUAAAGGAGGUCCUGCCUGGCUCGGCGGCGCUGAUGGAGGGCAGUCUGAGGCCCUUAGACCUGGUCCACUAUAUCAACGGAGCUCCAACUCUGGACCUGACCCUCAAUGAGAGCUGCAGGCUGCUGGAGAUCUCCCUCAGGGAGCUCACUAUCAAAGCUACAAGGGAUGGGAAACCAGUUUCUCCAGGACAGAAGAGUAUUUCAUUUCUCAACAACAACGUCAGCCCUGAAGUCUCCACCAGCCUGAAUGAUUAUGUCUAUGGGGCAGAUCGCAGAGAAACAGAGGCCUUAUCUACGCUAUGUCUUCUAGAGGAGGAGAUCAUUCAGUUGGACCUGGACAAGCCUGCAGCAGGAGGCCUAGGCUUCUCUGUCAUCGGAGGAGAGAGGGGCAUCUUUGUCAAGUCCAUCACCCCUGGUGGCAUAGCAGAUCGUACAGGACGGCUGCAAGUGGGGGAUAGACUGCUCAAAGUGAACGAGGAGCUGAUGACUGGCGUGUCUCACACUAAAGCUGUCACCACUAUCCGAAAGGCCAAAGGACUGGUGCACCUCAUAGUGUCCAGACCGCCGGACCAAAACCCCAACACCUACCUGUCCUACCUCCCCAUCAACUCUGACGAAUGCAACGGCAACGCUGACGACGCCGACGACAGUGGAAUGAAGACCAAACUGUGUGGUCCACCUAAUGAGAACAGGAGCCCUCCUGACAUACCGCCAAUAGACUAUGAUGUAGGUUCAACGGAGCGGAGGAGGAGAGACGGUGAGGUGGAGAAUACUGAUCUGUGUGAAGACACAGACCGUGACGGCUCCUCUCUACCAGAGGACUCUCCUGAGACCUCCCGGAAAGCCGACUGGAAAGAGGAAAGUGUAGACGACCCACUGAAUGAGAGCUACAUGCAGAUGACAUCAGAGCUUCCAGAAGAGGAUGAGAUUACCUGGGGGAGUGACGAGCUGCCUAUAGAGAAUAUUACCUGGACAUUCACUGACGAUAAACCCAUCAUUACAGAGGAUGAGCUGACCUCUCUGCCCCUGGUGAAAGUGGUCCCUGAUGGACAGUACACUAGGGCCAAGCUCAACACUGUGGUGCGUAUGCUGAGGGGCCUGCUCGAACAGAAGAUCCCUUUGCAGGAGUUUGAGAAUCUACAGAAUCUACAGCCGCUGGAUGACUGUCUAAUUGGUCAGACGAAGGAAAACAAGAAAAAGAAUCGUUAUAAGAACAUUGUCCCUUUUGAUACCACCAGAGUGAUCCUGGGUAAAGAUGGCGGCUACAUAAACGCCAACUUUAUCAACAUGCCAGUGAAAGACGAGAACUUCAUGUACAUUGCUUGUCAAGGACCCUUACCCACCACUCUGGGUGACUUCUGGCAGAUGAUCUGGGAGCAGAAAUCCAAUGUCAUCGCUAUGAUGACCCAGGAAGUGGAAGGGGGAAAGGUGAAAUGUCAACGGUACUGGCCCGACACCCUGCAGACGGCUGAGAUGGUGGACGAGAGGCUGCAGAUCACCCUGGUCAAAGAUCAGCACCUGGACCACUUUGUUAUCCGUCUCAUCGAGGUCAAAGAUAUCCAGACCGAAGAGAUUCAACGCGUCACCCACCUGAACUAUACCGGCUGGCCAGACCACGGUACCCCAUCACAGCCUGAGCAGCUGUUGACGUUCAUAUCCUACAUGAGGCACAUCCACCAAUCAGGACCCAUCAUCACGCACUGCAGUGCAGGGAUUGGCCGAUCCGGAACCCUCAUCUGCAUAGACGUGGUUCUAGGCCUCAUCAGUAAAGAUGUUGAUUUUGAUAUUUCAGAUGUGGUACGUAACAUGAGACUGCAGAGACAAGGAAUGGUACAAACAGAGGAACAAUACAUCUUCUGCUAUCAAGUGAUCUUAUACGUGCUCCGAUGUCUUCAAGCAGAGGAGAAAAUCUCAGGAUAGCAACCCUUUUUAAAGUCCCAGUGCUGUACACAACAACGUCCUCUCCUGAGAUUUUGUGAGAGCAGAACUACGCACACUGGAGAGUUGACACAGCACCUUGAAGACAGAACAGAACCAAGCGGUGGGUUUACAAAAACCACUGCUCAACCAACGUUCAAUAAAUGCCUUAAAACAUUCUGGGCUUGUGUCCCGGACAAAGAUCAAGCCUAGUCUUGGAUUUACUGGUACUUUCAAUAGAGAAUCUCCAUUUAGCAUGGUUCUUAGUCUCAGAACUAGGCUUAAUCUGUGUCUGGGAAAGCAGUCCCUUGUUUCAUGAAAGUAAAUUCUUACAGGAGUCUGUAUAUUUCUGUUUGCUUGACCUCUACCUCUUUAACUGCUCUACCCCUUCUCUUGAUGUAUACACAAGAACAUACGGUUGAUUUUUCCGUCUUUUCUACGUGAAAACAAUGCUUUUUAUAGAUUAUUGGCUAUUAUGAAAUAUCUAUGACAGUUGAUAAAUGAAUUCAUAUUUUAAAUGUGGAACAAAAUCAUGUAUUUUUAAAGAUUUUGAUGCUGGAAGUUGCCUUGACAGAAUACGAUGACAGUAUUUGCAUUGUAAAUCGUAUUAUUAUGGUAAUUGCUGACUGAUGCCAGUGUUAAUCAAAAGGAAAUUAAAGUGUACAUAUUCAUCUCUUGAAAACUGUGGAUAUGUUUUAAUGUUACAUACAGGAAAAAUUGCAAUUUGUAAAUAAAAGUCAAACGUUUA